AUGACUACCAAAUCAUUGAACGCUACAAGUCAGGAAGAAUUAGAAAACAGACUUCAUCACUUAACCGAAAGUCUGAUUCAGAAACAGACUGCUGUUGAAUCACUAAGCACAGAGAAGAAUUCUUUGUUGCUGCAGUUGGAAAGAUUGGAAAAACAGUGCAGAGAAGCAGAAUCCUCGGCCAUAAGGGGCAGUUCUGCGGCUGUGCACAUGAACAACAGUACUGAUGAUGAAGAUGUUCGAGCUCGUUUUCCAUCGUUUAUGAAGGAAUCGCCAUUUGACGGCAAGGUUACUCGUAAGGUCAAGAUGGCUGCAAAUACUAUAGAUAGAUUCAGUAAUUUAACGUUGUUCAAAGGUUAUAUAGAAAUAUUCAAAAAUAAAAUAUGCAGAACAAUGGAAAUAGAUUAA